AUGGACCGACCCGUAUUAGAAGAAAUUGGGCCUGACGGACGAGCUCUCUUGAAAGGAGAUCAAUCUGGACUUGACAAAAUUCGAAAGCCACCGCUUCCAAGACCCAACACAAAAUGGGUCGGCGGAUACAAAGUUGGCCAAGGAGGUUUUGGCCUUGCCUCUGCCUGGAUCUUGGUCGACACGAACACCUCCAAGCCUAUCGAUCAGGUCGUCAUUAAAGACACCUUCGAGCCAGUAUGGAAUUCCACCGAGGAUAAAGGAAUGUACAAAUAUAUCUACAGACAAUUGUUCCAAAAAGGUCUCGACUUCGGAGCCAGUCUUGGUCAUGUGUCAGGAAAAGCACCGGCCAAAGACAGAUUCUUCAAGGAAGCCUAUAUGCACGGAGUCAUGACCACAACCGAUCCUGUUGAGGAGUUCUAUACUGUGCCGCUCUGGGGUUAUGCCAGAAAGAAAACUAACAUGUUUGAGUACAACCUUUGGCGUUUGUACAUGCCUCUGUUUGAUUGUCGCGAUCUGAGAUCUCUUGUCGGUGUCCAUAACGAUGCGAACAGGCGCAUCCCGGAACCUUUCCUCUGGUACACUCUGGACUGUUUGAUGAAGGCAGCAAUUCUAAUGGAAAAAAACCCUCGAGAACUUCUUGAGGCCGGAAAUGACGAUGUGAUUGUUGUGUUCGACAUGAAGCUGGAAAACAUUUUCUUGGCCUCACCCGAUCAGAGCAAAUCCUUUCCCAUAUAUCCUCGCCCCUAUAUAGCAGAUCUCGGAGGCGCAUGUCUUACCGCACCAGAUGAUCCAUUAAACACCAGUAACAGUCUGCCGUUCCAAUACACAAAGCAGUGGGAGGCCCCGGAGAUGUGGCGACCGGGCACGCCUCCCAAGGGCGAGAGGGAGUCUGGACCUAUACUACCAAUGGGAGCAUUACGUGGUUCUUGUACCAACGUGUGGCAGAUUGGCCGCGUCCUUCAACAACUGAUGAUACUGGAGGAGGACCCCAUGGAGAUAGGUUUCGAUUCCGAAUGCACUCCAGCACAAAUGGAAGCCAUGACCUACGAAUCUGGAAAGAGUGUCCUGUAUCCUGAUUCCUACUACUCGGAUGACCUCAGAGGAUUUGUUCGUGAAUGCUUGCAAUUCAUACCAGAGGCCAGGCCUACCCCUCAGAAUAUCGUGUCCAGAAUCAAGAUAUUGGGCCCUCUAUACUACAAAGGCAUGGACAUCUUCGGUAGCGACGCAUGGAUGCAAACAAAAGAAGGACAGAAAGCCGCAAAACCAAAAAACACCACGCCCCUAGCACCAUCACCAGCGGGCGUCCAACAGGCCCGAGAAUACACGCGUGCCUGGAGCAAGAAAGCCAAAGACCGAUUUACCGAAUUGGCAGAAUUCCCCGAUAGCGAUCUGCUCAUCCAAUGGGCCUCGGACAGGAACGGCAGGCUUUGGCGCUACACCGAUCCCGACAGAGAUAUCGUUGAUCGACAUGGAAAUCCAAUAGACGAUUUGGAAUAUAGAUACUGCGUGAACUGCGCCAAGAAUGUGGAUGCUGACAUGCACUUUUGUCCGAAACCAGUACCUGGUUUUGGAGGAGGUCCACCGCGACCUAAAUUUGCUGGAGGUAGUGGGUUCGGAGGAGCAGGAAAUGGUGGUUUCGGUGUUCCUCCAGCAAACCUUGGGUAUGAUGGUGCUGGUGAUGGAGGACCUGUUUUUGGUGGACCCAUUUUUGGUGGACCAGGUUAUGGUGGACCAGGUUAUGGUGGACCCGGCUAUGGUGGACCAGGUUAUGGAGUACCACCUCCUCAGGCUCCUCAGGACGGCGGGUUCCCAGGCUUCAAUCCUGCGGCACAAACUUUCCACUUUGGAAUGCCACCACCCUGAUCAUGGAGCCCAUGCUUGAUCUUACAACCCCGAAUCAUUGGAUGGUGCUCCUCUUCCUCCAGCACGAUCCUUGUAAUGUUGGAGGUAAGUCUCCAAUGGGACUGUAGUAUCCAGUGUGUUUUCGCGGACAAAUCUCAUCAACUCAGCGAUAUUAUACAUUUCUACAGCCGUUGGAUGAGAAAAAUCGUGGUCGCAUGGAGAUGGCUGGAAAUGAUGGAUUUUGGGACAAGGGGAGGUCAGAUCUUCUCGUCUUCGUUUGGCAAGUCUAUCCAAGGGCUGCUGUUCGUUGGCAUUUGAAGAGAUUUGUGGUUUUCUGGUUUGAAGAGUAAACGAGGCUGUAAUAGCUCAUCAUGUUGGUUGCAGUGGGGGAGUGAUGAUAUCGAUAGAUCAAUCGAUAUGUCAUGUGUAUCUCUACUCCGAGUUCGUUCCUUCCACACACACUUCAAAAGCGGAUACUCAAACAUCAAAAGCACAAAUGAC